UAGAACGAUGAUCCUUAACAUAUAGAUCUCUAAAGCUGUCAGUGUGGCGCAUCUGUGGCUCUCAAGGCAUGCUGGGAACUUUCAGUCCAACUACAGACAAUUUUGAUUUAACCCGCAGGACCAAUGGCAGCACGACUGUUUGAGACUAUUGGGAAACUUGGCCUAGGACUGGCUGUCGCUGGAGGGGUUGUGAACUCUGCACUAUAUAAUGUGGAUGCUGGACACCAGGCAGUCAUCUUUGAUAGGUUCCGAGGAGUACAGGAAACAGUAGUGGGCGAGGGAACCCAUUUCCUUAUUCCUUGGGUCCAGAAACCCAUCAUUUUCGACUGUCGCUCACGUCCUCGCAACGUACCUGUUGUUACAGGGAGCAAAGAUCUACAGAACGUCAACAUUACACUGCGUAUCCUUUUCCGGCCAAUGGGUAAUCAGCUGCCGCGAAUCUUCACCAGUAUUGGAGAAGAUUAUGAUGAGAGAGUCCUGCCCUCCAUUACUACUGAGAUCCUAAAAUCUGUAGUGGCCCGGUUCGAUGCAGGGGAGCUAAUCACACAGAGAGAGCUGGUGUCCAGGCAGGUGAGCGAGGAUCUCAUGGAGAGAGCAGCCACCUUCGGCCUCAUCCUGGAUGACGUGUCACUGACACAUCUGACCUUUGGCAAGGAGUUCACAGAGGCCGUAGAAGCCAAACAGGUGGCCCAGCAGGAAGCGGAGCGUGCCAGGUUCAUUGUGGAGAAGGCUGAGCAGCAAAAGAAAGCUGCAGUGAUUUCUGCAGAAGGGGACUCCAAGGCAGCAGAGCUCAUUGCGACGUCACUGGCGGAUGCAGGAGAUGGGCUUAUCGAGCUGCGCAAACUGGAGGCCGCAGAGGACAUCGCGUACCAGCUGUCUCGAGCUCGUAAUGUCACCUACCUUCCCUCAGGACAGUCAACAUUAUUACAGCUACCACAGUAAUUGGAUGAUGUGUUGUCAUGCCAUUUAUUUUUUUUUACGUCUGACCCCUACAUAGGUCUUUGUUAAUUGGCCAAUUUCCCUUGGGAAAUGUUACAGAAGAUUGUGUAUGAAGGUGAAUCUCCUACAGAGCCCACAUAAUACCCUACAUGAAAUGGACUUUAGCCACAGAACUGUUUGAAUCCUGCCAAUAUAUUUCUGAAUUUGAAUUGAAUAUAAUUGUAUUUUCAAUGGAGGGCAUAAUACAUUUUUGGUUGAAGCACUUGUUUAUGUCUAAACCUAAAAUCUGGCCUUCUGUCACUAACAAUAAAAGUUAUCCCUCAGAGGAUAUUUCAAUAAUGA